GGCGGGUUCCUCGCGUUCGCCGCCUCCAUCGAAGCGCAGUCUCAAGGACCGGCCCACUUCGAAGCCAACGGAUGCUCCAAUCUCUCCUCGACAUGCCGGCAAAAGGGACAACCUUGGAGCGGUCAAUCGCGGCCUCAUGUUUCCGCAAAGCCGGCAUCCGGCUUCGGUGUCCUCGGUCACUUGAUGCGAUCGUCACCGAGCGCGAUGCAACUCGGCCAUUCAACCUCGUCGCCGACGCACGCGACCGGUGUCACCGUGACGACCGAGGCGGCGGUGACAACGGCGAUGACAACAACAAAGACAACAACGAAUGGGCAGUGGAGGCGGGAGCAGAUGAAUUGGCCCGCGGUCAAGGCUGACGAGGACGGAGUCGGUGGUCUCAAUCUUGCAACAGGGACCUCGAUGGAGGCGUCGACGGUGACUUGUCUCAAACAUGUUUCCGCGAACCAGUUUCCCGGCGAGGAGAGAGCACAGACAAGAGUCUUGAUUGACGAGGAGGAAGCGAAAUCGGGCUCCACAAGGCCAGAAGGUGGACACGAAUGCAGUUUUCGCCCCAUCGACGCAUUGGAGGUGAACAGCGGCUGGGUGAGACAUGAACUCGCUGUUCCGACAACGUCACAUGACGACUGCCAUCGGCAUCAGCACAUGAAUCAUGACUUCCAAUCCAAGUUUCUGGAGCCAUGCUCUUCUGCUUCAUCACACUCUUCCUCUUCCAGUACAUCUGAACUGGCAAUCGACUCAAAAUGGUGGGUAUCUACGAGGUAG